AUGACUAAUGUUAUACUACUAAAGAAUGCAAGUAUACCUUCUGAUCCAUAUGAUAUCAAAUUUUCCAAUUCCAAUAAAUAUAAACCCAAUUUUGUUCCAUUAUUGACUCAUUGUCAUAAAGAUAAAUCCCAAACAUUAUCAUUUUUAAUUAGUGAUGAAUUCUUAAACAAUAUACCAAUUUUUAUAAUCACUUCCCAACGAGCCGUUGAGAUGUUUAAAGAAUGUAUUGAAGAAUUAGAUCAUGAUAUACGAGAGAAGAUAUAUCAGAAAAUAGGAUAUACCGUGGGGCCAGCUACUUAUAAAAUAUUGAAAUCAGUAGGAUUUAAAGAUGUACGAGGGGGAGAUGAAGCAGGGAAUGGAUCGAAAUUAGCUGAUUUAAUUAAGCAAGAUACUAUAGGAAGAGAAAAUAUCCCCAUGGUUUUCUUUACUGGAGUGAUUAGAAAAGAUAUUAUCCCUAUGAAAUUAAUUAAUAGUGGAUAUGAUAAUUUCCAGGAAUUUAUACUUUAUCAAACUGGUGAUCGAUUAGAUAUUAUUGAUAAUUUUAAAAAAGUAAUUCAAGGGUUAGAUAAAGAUGAUGUUUGGAUAGUAUUUUUCAGUCCCCAAGGAACUAAAGAAAUUGUUAACUAUUUAAUGAAUAGUAGUUCAAAUCAAAAUCAAAAUUGGAAAAUUGCUUCUAUUGGUCCUACAACAAGAGAUUAUUUAAAAGAUUUUGAUUUAACACCACAUGUGAUAUCACCAAAACCUGAUCCUGAAGCUUUAUUUGAAACUAUAUUUCAAUAUGAUAAAACUUAUGCAUUGUAA